UAUUAUUUUAAUUAAAUUAAUUUUAUUAGCAGUAGUUUAUUUUUCACACUAUUUUUCAUUGUUUUGACAUAAUUUGUAAAUGUAAUUUUAAAACUAGUAAUUUUCUAAUAAUAUAAUAGUUAAUUCAUAUGUAUGACGGAUGAGGAACUAUGUGAUGAUAACAGGGUUGGUGGUUUAGAGUUCUUAUAUCGCGGCGAUGCUGCCUUCACGUACAAUUUGGAUGAUGAGCCUGGUCAUCAUCCCGUAAAUUCACUCCCGUCCAGUUAUCGGACAGUUAAAUUUUAUGAAAUCGGUCCAACUUCAGAAACAUGGGUAGAUAAGGGCACAGGAUUUUGUUUUUUUGAUGAUCCUGAUUCUGAGAAUCCGAAGCUUUUGGUAAGUCUUGAUCAUUAUGGGAUCAAGACUCUUUUUUCUACUUAUAUUAAAGACAAUACUGAUUAUUUAUCACAAGCCGAAUCCAUAAUAAUAUGGCAUGAUGGCAGUGAUAAAAGAAUCUACAGAGCGCUUUCAUUUCAAAAUAUUGUCGGACACAAUGCUUGCUGGAAGUAUAUGAGGAAUUUCGUGGAUGAUUUUGAUGCGCAAACGACUGUUUCGAGCGUGUCAGCGCUCUUGUCUGAGAGAAAUUCAGAGUUUCGAGUCCUUCCCACACCUACUGUCACUUCUAUUCCAAAAAUAGAAUCAAAUAUGCAAACUUACUUAUGUCCUGGUACUAUGUCUGAUGGAUUAUUUUUGGACUUAUAUGACAAGAAGUGGCUGAAGGAUUUGUUUGCCGUGUUGGACACUUGUAUUUUAUCUAACGAUAUCGCCACGGCCUCCUCUAUUUCGUCAAUUCUUCUAAAGCUUGUUCUUAAGUGGUGCGGCUCACUUGAACUUAUGCACAUUUUCGUCUCAGAUGAUAUUUUCUUCCAUUUACUAAAGGCCUUUGAAUAUGACCCGGACUUGAUGAAACAUAAUUUGAAGAUGGAACAUGUGAAGUUUUUCAAGGAGUUUGUGCGUCACCAUGAAGUGGUUCAGAUAACCAACACCUCGUUCUACCAGUUGAUCCAAGCCAAUUACAGGAUCAAUUACCUGAAAGACGUGAUUUUGCCUCGUCAUUUGGACGAGUUUUCAAUCCAGCGCAUAAACUCCACCGUAUUCGCUAAUAUGGCAGAGAUUAUGAACAUUAUUUUGAAUGAAGAGAACAACUUCUUCGAACAUUUGAAGCCGAAGCUGGCUACCAAUUAUAUGGCUCCGGUCUUUUUGAGAGAACUUCUCCUAGUGGCACGGUCUACAAAUCUCAUAUCACAUUUUGAUCGUAACUCUCUCAUUCUCAUGGUGCGUAACUAUAAACUUCUAAAUGAGUUGACUGGUUAUUUGGACGGUAGUGCCCAUGCAAUCACCAUUUACAACCAGACUCUUCUACCACUUAACUUAAUGUCCAAUCAGUAUUAUGAUACGAUUAAACUCCGUCUUACAACUGAUAAUAUUGAUAAUAAUGAAAGUGACCUUAAUGAUAGUAAUACAGUUGAUACUCUUACGACUGUAAGUCCUGAUAACACUAUUGUUGAUAAUGGUGAAAAUAAUUCAGUUGAUGAGAAUAAAACUAAUGGUAGCAGUGUAAUAUUGGAUAGAGAUGAAUUGAGGCCUAAUUUGUUAUGUACUGGUAGAUAUAAGCUGAUAGAACCAUUAAAUUUGGUGAUUGAGAUAUUUCACAUCUGUCAGGAGAUAUUCCCAGCGAUAGUGCGUUCUUCGGUGUUUAUCGACGCUGAGGUUAACAAGACCCCGAAGCUGUUCAUAAACCUGUGUAACAUUUUACUCCGGGAGUCUAACGAGGGUUUACAGUCUCAAACACGCGAAAUCGUAAGCAGGCUUUUAGACCCUAAAAGCAUGGAUCUCCCAGACAGAGAUGAAAUUUGUAACAUAUUUUAUGAUAAAGGAGUUUUAGACUAUUUAAUGACAUAUCUUGACACAAAUGUCCCUGAGGAGAUAGAUAAGAAGGAAGAAGAUGAUGAUGAUAUUACUAGUACACCCAAAUUGUCCGCUAAAAAUAAUCUGACUGGUUCCCUUGAGUGUCUAAAUAAUGAUAUCUUUGCUGGCAUUUCUUUCGGUUCAAUUGAUAGUUAUUGUAUGAUUGAUUACAAGUUUGAGGAUUCAUUUGAAAGUGAGGAUGAGCAUGAAAAAUUUAUCAAGGAGAUAAUGAAGGAAAAUAUGUUAUCUCCUGUAACUGGCGAAUUGCGAGUAAACGCAAUAUUGAAUAUAAUGGAAAUCUUGUCCUUGUGUGCAAGAGAACAUAAGCAUAGAUUUAAACUGAGAGUUCAAUCACAAAAGAUACCACUAAGGGUGAUAAAAUCCGCAAUGUCUCCUUAUGACAAGUUUCUAGUGAUUGGAUCAAUCAAAUUUAUCAAAGUCUGCAUACAAAUGAAGGACACAUUGGUCGAUAAGCACAUAAUAAAAUAUAAUGUAUUGAGAUAUGUAAUGUGGAUAUUACGGUAUAAAGUGGACAGUAGUUACACAAAUGGGUCAAUGUUGGAGAGUGCUUGUCUGUCGUUACUGUCGACAAUUGAGUCUACAGACUCGGAUUUAUUGGUUCGUUAUUUGUUUAAGGAUUCUUUUUGUUCGUCUGCUAUGGAAUGGAUCAAGGGUCAGAACAAGUGUUUCCAAGACCUAUUUGGAAAUCUGAAGCGUUUUUACAAUAAUAAGUUUCUCUUUGAUGAGAAAAAGUGGUUGGAAGGGGAUGAUGAUGAGUUUGAACUUAAAAAUAAACUCAUGCAGGAAGGGAUUCAAGAACAACUCAUUUCACUAUAUAAUACCAAUGAUGAUGAUCAAUGGGUUCUAAAUAAAAAACAUCAAUCAGUUAUUGAUAAUUUUAAUACUUUAGAAAGGGUGGGAAUUUUAGAAAAGGAUGUUGAGACGAAUAAUAAGAUAAUGGUAAAGUUAAAACCAAAUACAGACGAAAACUCACUGGCAGAAGAAUUCUUGCUGGAUAUGCAAGAUUCCAAAAACUAA